AUGGAGCCCGACUCGCAAGCUUCCGAAGCCCACCACCAAACGCCUUUCAAGAAGGUCGAGCUGGGGAUCGAGGCACUUUUUGGCGGCGAGAAGCAUUCCCAUGCUCACGUUGGCCAUGUUUGCGAUCAAUUACACCCCGAGUAUCUGACCAAUCGCUACCACUCUUUUGCUCCGGAAACGACUGGCGAUGCGAAAUGGUUCGUCGACGGCUGCUCCUACUUCUACGCCGUAUCUCAGGCGCUCGAGCGUGCCCAAGAAUCCAUUUGCAUUCUCGACUGGUGGUUAAGUCCCGAAUUGUACCUGCGGCGGCCACCGUCCAACAAUGCACAAUAUCGCUUAGACGCCAUGCUCAAGGCUGCUGCUGAGCGAGGUGUCACCGUAAAUAUCAUCAUUUAUAAAGAAGUUGAGGCUGCCCUCACCCUCGAUUCUGCUGCAAGUGAAAUUGUCUUGGCUGUCAAGGAUGCUUCCCCGCUAACAGUACUGCAGCACACGAAAAAGGCCCUCGAGGCUCUACAUCCCAACAUUCAUGUCUUCCGCCACCCAGAUCAUGUCCCGACUGGCUACGAUCUCAAGUCUGAAUUUAAGAAAGCCUUUUCAGAUCUUACCCAUUUUGACCUCGCCAAAGCGUCACACGCCGCUGUUAAGGCCAUCUACGGCGUUACCGAUGACAUAGUUCUGUACUGGGCUCACCAUGAAAAACUUCUCAUUAUUGACAACAACAUCUGUUUCAUGGGUGGCCUGGAUCUCUGCUUUGGGCGAUGGGAUACCAACAGCCACCCGAUUGCUGAUGCACACCCCGGUGACUUGGAUGCUAUCAUCUUCCCUGGUCAAGACUACAACAAUGCCCGAAUUUUCGACUUUUCUGGUGUUGGUAACUGGAACCAGAACAAGUUGGACAGAACAAAGAGCUCAAGAAUGGGAUGGUCCGACGUAGCUCUCUGCAUGACAGGGAGCAUCACUAAUAAUCUCGUUGAUCAUUUUGUCGAUCGUUGGAACUAUAUUUUCGAAUCCAAGUAUGGGGCCAAAGAUGGCGGCAAGUAUAAACUCAUGGACACGCCAGAUACGAUCGAGGCGAUUGGGCAGACUGUGCACCAAGCUGUUGGGUCACUCAGGAAGAGGUUCACCAGAGGCCUGCGCGGUCUUGGCCGUAGGAAAACCGCCGCUAAAGAAGACAGACUGAACAUUCAGCUCACUCGCAGCUGCACGCGCUGGUCCUCUGGCCACCGCACCGAGCAUUCCAUCGCCAAUGCAUACGUUGAUGCAAUUCUGAAAGCACAGCACUUCAUAUAUAUCGAAAAUCAAGCCAAUGAGGCACUCGGUACUCGCGCCAUCAUGAAAUACCAGUAUAACUCAAUCUCUCGGGGAGGUAACAGCAUCAUUGAGCGGCUUCAACAGGCUGGCAUUGAGGAUCCGAGUGAAUACAUUAGCUUCUACAAUCUGCGCAAUUUUGAUCGCAUCAACACCUCGGCGACGAUGGAAGCGGCUGAAAUCGAGGCUGGGGUGGAAUAUGAAGAGGCCAGAAAAGAACACGACGACCAAGUUGGCGCGGGUCGCUUUCCUCAGGGAGAAGGGACUGGUGGAACUACGGAUUCUUACAAAAAGUACCAAGAGAAAGCGCAAACAGUGGCGGAUAAGACAAAGGAUUCCAUCGUCGCGGCUUAUAUGGAUGGACGAAACGAGCUUUCAGAUUUUGUCUGGGAUGGCCCUGAGGAUGCUGAGAUGGACGCAUUCGUUAGCGAAGAACUCUACGUUCAUACCAAGCUUCUUAUUGCCGAUGAUCGCCUUGUCCUCUGUGGUUCUGCCAAUCUCAAUGAUCGUUCGCAACUGGGCACGCACGAUUCCGAAAUCGCCGUCGUCAUCGAAAAUGGGCCGCAAGUCUCUAGCACGAUGAACGGCAAGCCCUAUCAAGCCUCCAAAUUUGCUUCAUCACUUCGUCGCGAAAUCUUCCGCAAGCACCUUGGUCUACUCCCGCAUCAGGACCCUCAAAAGCCCAACGCAAACUGGUAUCCCAUCACAGAUUCCUUCAACGAAUAUGACUGGGGCUCUCCCGCCGACAUCCUUGUCCGCGAUCCUUUGCAUCCAAACUUUUCCAAUCUCUGGCGUGGAACGGCAAAAUCCAACACGGAGAUUUUCCGAAAGGCCUUUCAUCCUGUGCCCGACGACAAUGUGCGCACUUGGGAGGACUACGAUGAGUUCUUCACCAAGCACUUCAAGACACUUGCAGACGUUAAAAAAGAGGAGCACCAUACCAGUAAGAAUGACACCCCCAAGACAGACGAUGCAGGCGCGGAGACCGUCCACGUUGGCACACUCGAGGAAAACAGCGAGCUUCACGAGGUGCAGAAGGAAGUUCGCGCCCAGGAAGAGGCUCAGGUUCCCCAAGAUAUUGCCGAAAUCGACGAGAAACUAGAGGAUCAGAAGAAGAAUAGCAAGGAAGAGUCUAAGCAGCCAGAGAAGGUGGAAUACGGGCACGUCGUCCGGAGCGAGUUUCCCGGUGGCAUCAAGGAGCUCCGUAAAUGGUUGGGCCGCGUACGAGGCAGCCUGGUCGAGAUGCCGCUCGACUUUCUGGUCGACGUCAGCGACAUUGCCAAGACGGGCCUGACGCUCAACAGUCUGACGGAAGAGAUAUAUACCUAG